CCUCCCUAGCGUGCCUGGCGCCGAGCUGAUGGGCAGGAUGCCACGCGGGAGCACCUGUUGAUGGCGCUGGCCGAUAUCGACCUCUUCAUGAUCCGGGCAUCGUACAUGGACAGGCCGGCGGAGAGCAGGCUCUCCAACAUCCACAUGGACGUGGCUGUGCCCCAUGCCACUGGCCUGGAGCGCGCGGAGGAGGUGGAGGAGUGCACCUGUCCCCCUGGCUACCGCGGCCCUUCCUGCCAGGACUGCGAUGUGGGCUAUGCUCGCACCACCAGCGGCCUCUACCUGGGUACCUGCGAGCGCUGCGACUGCAGCGGGCACUCGGGCGAGUGUGAUGCCGAGACGGGAGACUGCCAGAACUGCCAGGACAACACCGAGGGCACCAGGUGUGAACGCUGCCAGCAAGGUUACUAUGGCGACGCCCGACGAGGGACCCCAGCGGACUGCAAGCCCUGCCCAUGCCACAGGCCAUACGCAACCAGCCAGACCACGAAAACCUGCUUCUUGGACACGGACGGACAGCCCACGUGUGAUGCCUGCACCACGGGCUACAUGGGACGCCAGUGCCAGAG